AUGUCAUCAGCGAGUGGCGCCCCACCCGAGCCCAAGCCUAAAACCUCAAAGCUGAAUGGCCCUGUCGACGUCGAGAAGCAGUGCGGCGUCAUACUGCCAAACGGCCAGUCCUGCGCACGAUCGCUUACCUGCAAGGGCCACAGCAUGAGCGCGAAGCGGGCCGUUCCGGGUCGGUCCAUGCCAUUCGAUAUGCUUCUCGUUCCGUAUCAAGAGAAGUUGCGAGCCCUUCGACAGCAGAAGGCGGUUGUCAAUGCCGGCGCACACCAAGGGGUCGAGAACGAUAGCGGCCAAGCGGCGAUCGACAGCCACCAGGAGAAUGACAGUGGUUUCCGUGACCAAACUGAGACCAUCUUAUCGCCUCUGUGA